CCUCUCUCUGGACAGGGAUUGCUCAAAGCCAUGAGGUCAGUCAGCAUGCAGCUAGAAUGGGUGAUACCAUGGCUCAGCCUUUGCCUUGGCCUAUCAGCAGCCACCAUUGUCACGGUUCAGGACACUGGAAAAAUUCCAGUAAUUACAGUAGUGAGCCCAUCUCACAACAACCAGUUCUGCAGCACAUGGGGAAACUACCACUUUAAGACAUUUGAUGGGAAUUUGUUCAGGCUUCCAUCCACUUGCAGCUACAUCUUUGCAUCCCAGUGUAAGGCAGACUACAGCAGUUUCAACAUUGAGCUCCAACGACAGGAGUCCAAUAAGGUUACCACCAUAAAGAAAGUCACAAUGAAACUGGAUGGUGAAGUUGUGGAAUUAGCUAAUGGAUUCAUCAAAAUCAACAAUGAACCUGCUGAAAUACCCUUCAGUCGGGGUGGCAUUUCAGUAGAAAGCAUUGCAUCCUAUGUUAAAGUUCAGGCAAAGCUGGGAUUGGUCUUAAUGUGGAAUCAAGAAGACUCCCUCUGGGUUGAACUGGAUGCAAAAUUCAGAAAUCAAACUUGUGGUCUGUGUGGUGACUUCAAUGAACUGAAUAAUGAGUUCACAAAUUCAGAUACAGGGGCUUCUUACUGUAUUGAAGAAUAUGGGGACAAGUGGAAAAUCAGUGGUCUGUCUGACAAUUGUGAGACCACGUCCUUUCAAGCCAAAGAGUCAUGUGAAGUUCCGGAAGAUCUCUGCCAGAAACUGAAGACUGAAAGUGCAUUUGACAGUUGUCAAGGCCUGAUUGAAACCGAGUCCUUCAUUAACGCCUGUAAGGAAGAUCUGUGCUCCUGUGUCAGCAACGAUACGUCUUGUGUGUGUGCGACCAUGUCAGAGUACUCCCGUCAGUGUGCUCAUGCAGGCGGGACACCAGGGCAGUGGAAGAACCCAAAUUUCUGUGGAAAACCAUGCCCCUUCAACCUGGAGUAUAAGGAAUGUGGUAAUCCCUGCAUGGACACUUGCAAAAACCAGGGCACAAACCAAGUGUGUAGUGAACACUGUGUUGAUGGAUGUUUCUGUCCAUUUGGGACUGUCUUGGAUGAUGUCACACAUACUGGGUGCGUCACUGUUGACAGCUGCAGCUGCCUGCAUAAUGGAGAAAUAUACCAACCGGGGCAAUCCUACUCCGGGCCAUGCAAGAGCUGCACCUGCAAAAAUGGUGAGUGGAUCUGUAAUCUUAAAGACUGUCCUGGUGUUUGUUCCAUCCUGGGUGGCUCUCACAUCACCACCUAUGACGAUAAAACGUAUAUGUUUCACGGAGAGUGUUCUUAUGUUCUGACGAAGGAAAUCAAAGGGACUUUCAGCCUUCAAGGCGACUUGGCUAAAUGUGAAAUAUCUGAUCAAUCAACUUGUCUGGCUUCAAUCACUCUACUACUGUCAGAUCAUGUGAUGGUUAAAAUUGAUGCCAGUGGGCAGGUCUUUUACAACAAACUGCUCUCUCAACUUCCUCUCUUUUUGGAUCAUAUCACAAUUUUCCACCCAUCUACAUUCUUUCUUGUAAUCCAAACCACCUACGGGCUUGAUGUUGAGAUUCAGCUCAUACCUGUUAUGCAGGUCUACAUCAAAGCCAGUGUAUCUAAUAAAGGAAAACUCCUCGGUCUGUGUGGAGAUUUUGAUAACGAUGGAUCACAGGACUUCAAAACAACCUGCGGUAUAAUUGAAAAAACAGCUUGGACAUUUGCCAACACAUGGAAAACCAAGCCAAACUGCCCUGAUGUGACAAAUAUACUCGGGGACCCCUGUAGUAUGAGUACAGAAAAAGAGAAAUAUGCCAAACACUGGUGCUCCCAGCUGUCAGACCCAAAAGGUGUUUUUUCACUGUGCCAUCCUGUGGUACACCCAGUAGAGUAUCAACUUAAUUGUAUUUAUGACACCUGUGCCUGUGAAAAAAGUGAGGAUUGCUUGUGUGCUGCUUUAUCCGCCUAUGUUCAUGCAUGUGCUAUUGAAGGCGUAUUAUUGACUGGAUGGAGGAACAACACAUGCCAGAAAUACACAAAUGACUGCCCACCUACUUUUGUGUAUGACUACAAAAUGACAAGCUGCGGUCGCACCUGUCGCUCUCUUAGUCAGUCAGAUUUAACAUGUGGGGUUGAUUUUACUAAGCUUGAUGGCUGUGGCUGUGCUGAAGGAACUUAUCUAAAUGAAAAGAACGAGUGUGUGUUACCCUCACAAUGUUCCUGUUACGCUGGAGACACAGUGGUGCAUCCCGGGCAGGUUACUACACUCAGUAAUGGACAGAUUUGCUCUUGCCAUGGUGGAGAAUUAACCUGUUCAGGAAAACAAGAGAUUCAAACAUGCACAAGCCCAAUGGUUUUCCUCAACUGCUCAAAUGCAAAGCCGGGAGAAAAGGGAUCUGAGUGCCAAAAAAGCUGCCAGACACUGAACAAACAAUGUAUCAGCACACAAUGUAUCUCAGGAUGUGUAUGCCCUGAUGGCCUGCUAUCAGAUAAUAAUGGAGGCUGUGUAAAGCAGGAGGACUGCCCCUGCCCAUAUAAUGGACAACACUAUAAGCAUGGACAAUCUGUUAAAGUGGACUGCAAUACAUGCACAUGCAAAAGCAGCAUAUGGGAAUGUACAGGUCAAGAAUGUGGUGGAACCUGUACCAUUUAUGGAGCAGGGAAUUACAUCACUUUUGAUGAAUCAAGAUUUGCCUUUAGUGGAGGCUGUAGCUACAUCUUCACCCAGGAUUCCUGUGGAGGUGAGAACGGCACCUUUCAGGUACUGACUGAGAGCAUCCCCUGCAAAAAUGCUGAAAGCAUCUGCUCCUUUGACAUCACGCUCUAUUUAGGGAACAGUGAAAUUCGUCUCUCAGAUGAACAUAUCAAAGUUAUUAAAAAAAACAGUGGGGAAGAAAUACCCUAUCAAGUCCACACUUUGGGUUUAUAUCUCGUCAUUGAAGCGAAGAAUGGCCUUAUGGUCAUUUGGGAUAAAAAGACAACCCUCAUGAUAAAACUCAGAUCUACAUUCAAGGGCAAAGUCUGCGGUCUGUGUGGAAAUUUUGAUGGAAAUAUCAAGAAUGAUUUCACUACCAGAAAUAAAGAAGUUGUGGUUGAUCCCCUUAUAUUCGGAAACAGCUGGCAAGUGUCACCUAGCUGCUCAAGUGCACAAACUACAAAUGAUGCAUGUACACUGUACUCACACAGACAGGCAUGGGCAGUGAAGCACUGCAGCAUUAUCAAGAGUGCAGUAUUUAAGGCCUGCCAUUCAAGGGUGGAUCCCCAACAAUAUUUUGAUGCCUGUGUGAGAGACACGUGUGCCUGUAAUUCAGGAGGAGAUUGUGAGUGUUUCUGUUCAGAUGUAGCAGCUUAUGCAGCAGCCUGUAAUGAGGCAGGAGUGUGCGUGAAAUGGAGAACUCCCACCAUCUGCCCUGUAUUCUGUGAUUAUUACAACCCUGAUGGACAGUGUGAAUGGCACUAUAAGCCUUGUGGAAGAUCAUGCAUGAAGACAUGCAGAAAUCCCUCUGGAAUAUGCUACAAUCAACUUCCCGCAUUAGAAGGUAGCUCCAUGUACAAUGAGACUGAUGGAAAAGGCUGGUGUUACACUGCAAAAUGCAAUUCAUCAUGUGGUACUGAAAUCCAAUCCCGGCCAUGUCACCUUACAACUCCACCAACUUCAUCUAUUCCCAUAACGAGCUCUCGCACUCCAGUAAUUCUAGAAGAAGACUGCUUCUUUCUCAAUCCACCUAGAAAGAAUGGUGAAACCUGGCAUUCAAACAACUGCACCACAGAAAGAUGUCAAAAUGGUCAACACAUUACAACACAUGUGCAAUGUAAUGUAAAAAAUAUUGUUUGUGAGAAUAAGCAAACACCAGUUAAAGUUUAUGAUGGAAAUGGCUGUUGUUUCCACUAUGAAUGCAAAUGUGUUUGUGGUGGCUGGGGAGAUCCUCAUUAUGUGACAUUUGAUGGACAAUAUUACAGCUUCCAAAAAAAUUGCACUUAUGUCCUGGUUAAAGAGAUCACACCUCGACACAAUUUUAAAGUUUAUAUUGAUAAUGUAAACUGUAAUCCCACUGGAACUGUGACGUGUCCUAAAUCCCUUAUUGUGUAUUACAAAAACUAUACAGUUAUUCUCACACAGGAGAGAGGAGCAAAGACUGUGAACAAGGUAUAUGUCAACGGCAGUCCUGUCACUACUAUGUUUACAAAUAAUGACAUGACCAUCACAAAUCAAGGAAUUGAGAUGCGAUUAACAAUCCCAGAAAUUGAAGCAGUUGUGAUGUUCAAAGGUCUUUUAUUCAGCGUAGAUGUACCAAUGACUCUUUUCUAUGGCAACACAGAAGGACAGUGUGGUACCUGUGACAAUAACACAAAAAAUGACUGCAGACUGAAAAAUGGUCAGAUUUCUCCAUCAUGCUCUGACAUGGCAUAUGAUUGGCAUGUAUCUGUCGACAAUAAGCCAUACUGCAAUGGGCUUACCACUCCCACUCCACCUCCACGUCCAACUUCACCUCCAAUAUGCAACAAAAGCUCACUUUGUGAAAUCCUAAACAGCGAGGUAUUCAAGGAAUGCCACAAAGUAGUAAGUGUACAACCAUUUUAUGAAGCCUGUAAGUUUGAUACUUGCUACACAACUGUUGGUAUGGGAUGCAGCAGUAUUGAGGCAUACAACUUGAUGUGUGCUGAGGCAUCUAUCUGUGUAGACUGGAGGAACGCUACUAAAGGAGUGUGUGAAUAUAAAUGCCCAGACAAUAAAGUCUACAAGCCUUGUGGGCCAACUGUUGUUCAAACAUGCAAUGCAAGAUACAAUGAACAGUUCUCUCAGCAAUGUAAUGCAGAAGGUCCUCAAAACAAGAACUGCAAUUCUUUUGGAGAGGGGUGCUUCUGCCCAGGGGGAAUGACUUUGUUCAGUUCAACCUCUGAUGUCUGCGUCUCCUCCUGUUGCACUGGACCUGAUGGCAAACCUAAAGAGCUUGGUGAAACCUGGAAGAUUGGCUGUCAGGAAUGUGUUUGCAAUAAGAACACUUUUAGUGUGGUUUGUAAGAAUGUAACAUGCCCUACUCAAAACCCAAUAAAGUGCACCGAAGGUGAGGUGCUGGUGAACAAAACAGUGGACUGCUGUGUGACACCGACAUGUGAAUGUAACACGAACACGUGUCCAUUGCAACCACAUUGUGACGUGGGAUUUGAAUUGAAGGUUAACACCCCAAAGGAUAAAUGCUGCCCUGUUUACAGCUGUGUAAGUUGUGGAACUGAGCAAACAGAUGCAAAUGGUUGCUGCAAAAUAUGUCCGCCUCCUUCCCCCUGUAAAAUCCACACCAACACCACCUAUCUGUACAUAAAUGACUGCAAAUCAGUUGAGGAAGUGGAACUCACAUCAUGUGAGGGAUCCUGUGGAGCAUCCUCCUCAAUGUAUUCGGCAAAGGCCAAUAGCAUGAUGCAUUCAUGCACCUGCUGUCAAGAAAUGAAGACCAGCGAGAAGGAAGUGCAGAUAAAGUGCUCCGAUAACACCACAAAAAUGUACAAGUACAUUUCAGUUGACCAGUGCGGCUGCAAAGCUGCUGAAUGCAAAGAGCAUGAUUGUAAAGAUUGUGAAAAGAAAAAUGAAAAACUGAACUAGAAAAUCAGACCAACUAUUGUCAACUAUUUCUUCCUAAAACCUAUCUAAACAAUAUAAACUUAAUAUCAGAAGACUAAAAACAAAACUCGAUGCUAAACCUCUUAAACAGCAGAGAUGUUUUAGUCUGAAACUUGCAUCUUCUUAAGUUGUCUCUUUCUAACUUACAGUCCCUCUCCAAACAUUUGCAUGUACUGUUUUGGAGGUGGGAGAAAAUAAUAUAUUUCUGUGGUGGGUGUGUCCUUUUAUCUCUCCAGAAGUCAUUCCUUCACAAACUUUAUGAUGUGCCAUUUCAGCUUCCACAUAAAUUUAGAAAUUCAGAUUUAACUGAAAUCGCAGUAAUUCAGUCAUGGCUCUUUAAAUUGGAAAAAGAGUUCCAUAUAAGAAUGGGAAAACCAAUAACUUGAAUUUUAAAUUAUAGUUGAACAUUAUUUCUAACAACACAAUUAUGUAACAUUCAAUUUUAUUAUUACCAAAAGAGUUAAAAGAAUGUCUAAAAUAUCUUUGUCAAAUAUCUGAUAUUUUCAACUACUUUCUAUUUCAAUAAAAUUCAGCAUGAUCAUGA